GAGCCCGCGGCGUUCCCAGCCCGCGGCCCUGCAGCGCGGUUCGGGGCCCGGAGGCGGCUCUGCGCCCUGCGAGGCGGUGCCACAGUCCUGCGUACCGGCCCUCCAGGCCAUGAAGCCAUUUGGAGCGCUCUGAAGCGUGAUUUUUAGAAAACCCAAUUUCUUUUUUCUUUUUUUUUUUUUCCUUUAGAAAUCCUCCAAAGCGUACGUCCGCUAGCAGUCCUGCAGUGUCAACCCAUACCAUGGAUGUGGAUGUUCUACAGAAACUUAUUCAUUUGCUCCAGGCCACAGAUGAUCCAUUAAUUCAAGAGCAAGCUUUAAUCACUCUCAGCAACAGUGCUGCCUUCUCUGUAAAUCAAGAUAUAAUCCGAAAUUUGGAUGGUCUUUCUGUUAUUGGAGGGAUGCUUUCCAACUGCACUCCCAAAGUUAAAGAAAAAGUGCUAAAUGCACUUAACAAUUUGAGUAUGAAUAUUAAAAAUCAGGAAGAGAUACAGGUAUUUAUUGCACAAGUUUGUAGGACUGUUGAGUCAGCUCCCCUGAACUCUGAUGUGCAGCUAGCUGGACUCAGGCUGUUGACAAAUAUGUCUGUUACCAGUGACUACCACCAAAAGAUGAUAAAUUCAAUUCCAUGCUUUCUUCAUUUGCUUUCAGAAGGAACUGAAAGGACACAGAUUCAUGUGUUGAAAGUACUUGUGAACUUAUCUGCAAACCCAGCCAUGACAAGACAUCUUCUCAGAGCUCAAGUGCCAUCAAUGUUGUUACUUUUUGACAACUAUAUAAACAGAGACAUUCUAGUUCGAGCCCUGGCAUUUGCAGCAAACUUGAAAAAGAACAUGAAUGAUGAAGAAGGCAACACCAUUGAGGAAUACAGUGAAGACUCAAUUUUCUUCACACUCUGCAGGGACUCUGCCCCAUUCGCUCAGAGACUGGCAUCUUUGCUUCAUCACCCUGAUACAGAAGUGAAAGAACAAGUUGUGAGAAUAUUAAUGCAAUAGUGUUGUUUUCUUAAAACAGAAUGACCUGAUGAAAAUACCUAAUCUUGGCAAUGCUAUGCGAAAAAAAGCAUGCAAAAAGUAAACAAUGCAACGGAGGAAAAAAAACAAACCUAAAUACUAUCAUUUUAAUAGGCACAAAUGAGUUACUACAAAAGAGAAUGCAGUGUAUUUAAUAUAGAUUUUUUUUACAAGCAGGAGAAAAGCAACAGCUUAAUUAUUACCGAUAAACCACUGCACAUUUAUGCAAUGGGGACAAACAGUUUAAAACAUGAAAACAUUCAUAUGUAAAAUGAACAUUUUGAAUGGAUGAGUGAAGUGAAUGUAUAUAUCCUUGGCAAUAUCAAAUAUCAAUUACAGUUGUUGAAGAAAUACCUCUUCAGAAGCAUGCAUUAAAGAUUUAGCAAUUAGAGAUUAGGCAUUUAUAUUUUAUUAGUCUAUGAAAAGGUACAGCCAAAUCUUACAAAAUAAGAUUAAAUAAAGAACAAUACCAAACUA